ACGUGGCGGGACGUAUGUGUCAUGGCGAGCUCCAUCUGAAGUCUCCGCAGGUUCGGGAGAGCAGCGUGUGCACCCUUUCACUUUGGACUAACUCAUCUUUCCAAGAGGGUUUGAGACUAGUUGCAGAUAAUCAAGAAGAUGCCUUCUGCAUCCUGUGAUUCACUGCUGGACGACAUAGAAGAUAUUGUGUCAGAGGAAGAUUCAAAGCCACAAGAUAGGCUUUUUGCAAGAAAGCAUGUUGUUCCAAAAGUGCGAAGGCGAAAUACCCAAAAAGAUUUACAAGAGGAAAACAGUCCACCAAGUGAUAGCACUAUUCCAGGCAUACAGAAAAUUUGGAUACGAACAUGGGGUUGUUCUCAUAAUAAUUCAGAUGGAGAAUAUAUGGCUGGACAACUAGCUGCUUAUGGAUAUAAAAUUACAGUGCGUUUGGUGUCUUGCACCGACCCCGUGGUGCCGGUCCAGGCCUCCCAGGCAGCCCUCACAAGAGACCCCGCCCCGAGCCUGCCUCUUUCCCCCAGUACCUUCGUUUCUGAGGAGCCCUCUAUGGUGGGAGAAGGAGCUGCUGGUGGUGAAGAAAAUGCCUCAGAUGCAGAUUUAUGGCUCCUGAAUAGUUGUACUGUAAAAAACCCGGCUGAGGACCACUUUAGAAACUCCAUUAAAAAAGCGCAAGAGGAAAACAAGAAAUUAGUGCUCGCUGGCUGUGUUCCUCAAGCCCAGCCUCGUCAGGACUACCUGAAAGGCCUGAGUGUCCUAGGGGUUCAACAGAUAGAUCGUGUAGUGGAAGUUGUGGAGGAAACAAUUAAAGGUCACUCCGUGAGGCUGCUGGGUCAGAAAAAGGAUAAUGGAAAACGGUUGGGGGGAGCACGACUGGAUUUGCCAAAGAUUAGGAAGAACCCCCUGAUAGAAAUCAUUUCCAUCAAUACCGGGUGUCUCAAUGCUUGUACCUACUGCAAAACUAAACAUGCCAGAGGGAAUUUGGCCAGUUAUCCAAUUGAUCAACUAGUGGAUAGAGCCAAACAGUCUUUUCAAGAGGGUGUGUGUGAGAUAUGGCUGACCAGUGAAGACACUGGGGCUUAUGGCAGAGAUAUUGGCACCGAUCUCCCCGCACUACUGUGGAAGCUGGUGGAAGUGAUUCCCGAGGGAGCAAUGCUGAGACUUGGCAUGACAAAUCCGCCCUAUAUUUUAGAGCAUCUGGAGGAAAUGGCUAAAAUCCUUAAUCACCCCAGAGUCUACGCUUUUCUGCACAUACCAGUCCAAUCUGCCUCUGACUCUGUACUCAUGGAAAUGAAAAGAGAGUACUGCGUGGCCGACUUCAAAAGAGUAGUGGAUUUUCUGAAAGAGAAAGUUCCUGGAAUAACUAUUGCUACAGAUAUUAUCUGUGGUUUUCCUGGGGAAACAGAUCACGAUUUUCAAGAAACAGUGAAACUUGUUGAAGAGUACAAAUUUCCAAGCCUCUUUAUUAACCAGUUUUACCCAAGACCAGGAACACCUGCUGCAAAAAUGGAACAAGUUCCAGCACAAGUGAAAAAGCAAAGAACAAAAGAUCUUUCUCGGAUAUUUCAUUCUUACAAUCCAUAUGAUCACAAGAACUCUUAAUGGAACUCAGCCAUUUGCAGCUCCUACUGGCUUCCUCUUCAUAUCCUUUGUGGCAUUGUAUCAAAGUCACCUCAGAUUACUUUGGCUUCCCUUGUGAAGACUUCAUUCCUUUACAAAUUAGUCAUCAGGCAAUGAGGAACUGAAUAUAAAUGCUAGAUGGAGUUCCUUUUGAUCUUUGCUUUAAGAUUGGUAAUAAAUUGUAAGUAGCUAGACUGCUCAAUGAGUGAUUUUGAAGCUUCCAAGGUUUGGCAUGUUGGCAUUCUGUUUUAUUCUGUAUGUGCAGUGAGAGAAAAGAGAAACGUUUCCUCCUAAGCAGCUCCUGCCCCUCAGUAGCCUCUCCCCAUUUUACCAAGCUCCAUCAGGGCAAGUCUGAGUUACUUUUAACCUUGUCUCAUGUUAUUAAAAUUAGUGUCCACAAAGACUAGAAUUCCAGGGACUGAGUAGCGAGCACUCUUCGCAAUCUCAGAACGUUCCUUUCCCGUUAAAUAAAAUAAUAGAGGGCUGUGAUUCAAAUUACUUUGUCAUUUUAAUUAACCAAUUAUGUUCAAACAAAUUAGCUUUCAAGGCAGAUAGGUUUUAGUGUAAAAUGUUUUUUAAGAGGUGGUUAAAGUUGGUUUAAGCAUCUCAUGCACAGUGAGAUUUCUGGGGUGACCUUUGGAUUAAAUAUAUGCAUAUAUUGUAAAUGAAAGCUUACACAAAAUAAAAUAUAGGCUGUCUGGGAGUUGCUUUAAGAAAGAAUUCAAGGAGAGAAGUGAGUAUGAGAGAAUGAAACAAGGUUGGCCAUGUGCUGAGGAUUAUUGAAAAUGAAUGAUGGGUUUGUGGGGGUUCAUUAUUCUAUGCUGUAUAUUUUUUUCUUUAUGAUUAAAUUUUUCCAUAACAAAAAAAGAUGCGAAAAGUAAAAUAAACUGCGGUCUGCUCCUUGGAGUAAAUGUUAUGACAUUCUUUUCCUCUCUAGCUAGAUUCCUUUUAUUGUUAAUGUUUCCCUUGAUGUAAAUUUUUACCGAAGAAGGAAUACUGCACAUUUCAGUGGGUUCAUUAUGCUGAGUAAACUCAGAAACACAACUCCUGUUCUUAAGUUGGCAUAAUUUCCUGAGGCUUCAUCCCAAAUUAUAGUGGGUCACUUAAAUGACAGCCUUCCCUACUAGAAACUGCUAAAACAGUUGUAAUUACAAAAGGUAGAUAGUACAACCGUUUUGUUCUCAGGGAGUCGGUUAUAUUUGCUCUUCUUUUCUUUCACCCAAACCAAGAUUGCUCCUACCUGACCCCAGUCACAGGAAAGUCACCAGGUUAAACAAACUGCGUGGUUUGAGUCAGGCCAGGUGCAUUUCUUAAUCAUACUCUAAAGCCAUUGUUUAGGUUGCAAACGGUCAGCUGGUCUUGUUUUAAAUGCUGUUACAAAAACAAAUAAAACUUAGAGCAAAAUGUGCACUUAGGAAAAUACCUGAUCUGAAGACACUUGCUGGAGACUGGAAGAAUUUCAUUUUGGACUGUUAUCUCCAGCUCCAUGUCUAUUUAAAAAGAUAUGUUUUUCAGGAGUUCUUAUAUGAUAGAUUUAUACAGAAAGGCUUUGACCAAAGCUAAAUUCCCACUUAUCUGUCCUAAUAAAAGGGAACAUUGGUGAAGGUAAUCCAAAGCAGCAGGUAACCUGAUUGGAUUUUGUACAUUAUGUGCUUUCUUCUGUUAUUUUAAUAAACACAUAAUAAACAUUGCUUGUAAUUUCCGAAAAUACAUCAUCCUAACUACCAGGAAAGGUUCAGGGCCAGAGGCUUUCUAGGUCACAGAAAGCCAACCUAGAAUUGAGUUUUUCUUUUGGAUAAGUCAAGCGUAAGCACAGUAGGCUAUAAUCAGGACACUUUCAUCACAACUGUGCAAAUUCGCGUGUGGUUUCUGUCUUUGGCCUGAAGAAAAUAUCGAUAUUGCCAUGUA